AUGCCUCCACAGUUUCCGCCUACUUGGAAGGCGGCGGGAAAGAAUAAGCCGGAUCCCCCUUCGCCACCGGGACCAGGACAGAAGAUUUACGUGGGCAAUUCGCCCUGGGGCCGUUGGGAGCUCGAAUAUGUUUACCAGGGAGUCACGACAACAGUGGGCGCCCCAAAGCCCGUGGAUGUGAAGGCAGACGGCAGCCAUCUGAUCUAUGAUCCCCCUCCAGUCCGAGGCUUUCCUUAUCGACGAAAGCGCGAUAUCAUCGAUGCUGGGUCUGAUUUAGCGUCAGAAGAGGCGGAUAUCCCAGACAGCGCACUCGAGUCCCCACGUAACGCCUCCGUGAGCAUGGACCAGCUGCUGCCGGGCUCCCAACGACGCUUGUCGCGUCGCACGACCCCGUCCGCGACCGGCUUCCUUGAUGCCAGGGUUUACUCAGACGUGCUGUGCCCGGCUGACGUGGAGCCGGAAAUCUGUUCAGAUUGCUGGUUCCAGAGCCCAGCCGCAAUCCCCGAUGGCGCAGGAGAAGCGGAGGAGACCAUUCCCACGUCCACCUCAACAGGCUCGACGACGAUUCCCACGAUCCCCUCCGACGACAACCCAGACGAAGACAUGUAUUGUCUUCGAUCACAUAACUCCGACAGUGCAUAUCAGUCCUUUACCGUUGAGGAAUACAGGCGUGCGAUAUAUGGACUGUGUGCCGGCCAGACCAUGGCCGUUGACGAUGAUGGACACAUCUGGCAAGACCCGCACACGUGGCUAAUAGCGAGAGCGUACUGGGCGGAGGACCAGACAGGCUGCAGUCCCCGCAAAGAAUGGAGCAUGACGCAAAACUGCGAGAGCUGGAUCGGGGAGAUUUUCCUGUUCUGCGAUCACCCGCAGUCGAGUAGUGAGUAUUAUGGCGGAGCAGUGGUAUGGAACGGGCCGGACGGAUGCGUCGUCUUUUAUCUGGGGAAGCAGCUUUUGGUUUCCUGA